AUGCAACUAUGGAUGUCUGGUUGUGGAAUGAAAUUUACUAUUAUCCAACGCGACGAAAUUGCCCUUGCCAGAGUAGCUUCAAUCAUUACGCAGGAAUUUGUUGCAGCUACAGCUACAGGCGAAAAACGACUAGAUACUGUUGAUUUUGAAACAAAAUGUAUACGAGUUCUCAUUGAAAUCAAGGGAGCAAGUAGUCUGUCAGAAGCGCCUGCAGUCUGUCUAGCUGAACAGUUCAAGCAUUAUAUAUUGGAUGUUGGAUUACAACUAUCAGAAGAAUCAAAUGCCAUUUUAGAAGUAGACGAAUCAAGCAUCGAAAUAACACCGGAGCAUAUGCCUGAAGAUGGACAUCCUCUUGUGAACAUUACUCACCAAGAGUUUUUCGUUCCUAACAGCGAGGCGGUCAUCUUGCAAACAUAUAUCAUCUCAUCACCACCAGCGUGGUCAAUCGAGUGGUUUCAGAUAAAAGCUGAGGAUAACGAGAUUUCUUUAGAAAUAAACAGCAAGAAAUACUAUGGAGGCUCUGAGCUUUCACCUUCUCUGAUCAUCCGAAACAUCAAUGUUGAUGAUCAAGGAUGGUAUAUUUGUCGGGCUACAAAUAACAAUGGAACUGGAUGUAGCAAUAAAACGUUCGUUCGGAUAAACAAUGAACCAGCAGGAACAGAAGACAAUCCUGGAACAUUGGUAAAAGAUACCAGUGACAUCCAAG